UAUAAUGAUUUUAAAAAAAAAAUAAGGGUUAAAACGUGCUCUUAGAUUCUGAUUAGAGCUAGAAAACAAUCAAACAAGAACCUACAGAACUGCCUGUUUGUAGGCUCUUUGAUUUCUCCGACAGAGUGGAGAAUCUUCCCGCCUCUUGCCCCUCUAACAUCUCAGCUGUCAUUACACGAAUCACUCACUUUGGUUUGGUGAACUGCACCGAGUAUUCGUGGUUACCGUGGCAAUUGCACAGGUUGUUUGGUGUGUAAACAUCUGACUGAAGCCAAAGAUGGUCAGGGUGGGUGGUAUUUUGAAGAUUGCGGCGCUCGUAUUUGCGUUUCUGCUAGCUGUCUUUCUGGCUUUUCAACUGCUGGAGAUUAACAUGGACUUCAAUCUGAACAGUGUGAUCUCGAGAUCUAUGCCAGCGAAUGAAGCGUCAAUUAAGCCGUUGAAGUACAAGUGUGGGAUGUCCAAGUUGUGUCCCGCUGGACACUGGGCCUUCAAGAUGGCGAGUGGAGCAGCCAGUGUGGUGGGGCCCAGGAUCUGCCUGGACGACAAACUAUUAAUGAGCGGAGUGAAGAACAACGUGGGGAGAGGAAUCAACAUCGCCCUGAUAAAUGGGAAAACAGGGGACCUUAUCAACACAGUGUUUUUUGAUAUGUGGGGUGGAGAUGUGGCUCCGCUUAUUAAGUUAUUGAAGGAAAUUGAGGAUGGGACGAUCGUGAUGAUGGCCUCCUUCGAUGAUGCUGCAACAAAACUCAACGAUGAGGCCAGGAAGCUCAUUGCUGAUCUGGGAAGCUCGAUCGUCAGUAACUUGGGAUUCCGUGAUAACUGGAUCUUUGUAGGAGGGAAAGGCAUCAAGACCAAGAGUCCAUUUGAGCAGCAUAUAAAGAACAGUGCUGGCACCAACAAGUUUGAGGGAUGGCCCGAGGUGUUGGAGAUGGACGGCUGCGUGCCUCAGAGGCAGGACUAAGGACCACCACCCCCCCAUCCCCUACACCUCCCAUACAUUCCCGUUCCAAUGAGACUCUUUAAGUGGUUACACUUGUUUGGGCGGAUAAAGGUCAUUCUUACAGCUCUCACCCCAAAGCUUCAACCGUACCUCCCAGAACAAAGUCACUCGCUGCUGUGAACCCAUUCCUCCGUAUUGAAACCAUGAUGUAGUCUGGAUUCAGUUGUUUGGAACUAGAUGGUAGAGAGCACUGAUUUAAAAGGGAAUUGCCUUUGAUUAUUGGUUUACUAUCGGUGAGGCCCAAAGACUUGAUAGUGUUGCAUUAUUGCACUGUUGCCGAGGGAAAUGAAGCCACAUUUCCUUAACCUGUCGCCAUGCCUUAAUCUCAUUUUCAAACAUGACUUUGUGAUUUAUGCUUUUCCUUUUAGAGUUUGCGGUAUGAAAAUGAUUAUUAACAGGGUUUGAAGACAUUUCAUUGCAUUUAGCUGACGCUUUUAUCCAAAGCGACUUACAAUAAGUACAUUCCACCAGGAAGACACAACCUUGAAGAAAACAGAAUCAGAUAAGUACAUCAGGUUUCAUAGAGCCAAACAUCUCAAGUGCUACUCAACUGGCUUUAGGUAAGCCAGUCCUUUAUUAGUAUAUAAGUGCUCUGUUAAUAGUUCUAUCGCUCGAAGACGUCAUGAUAUUAAACCAAAUGUACCAAAUUCACUGUGAAAUUUGUAAAUAUUUGUUUAGAGGAGCCUUUGAGAAUAUAAAGACCCUAACUAAAUGAACGUUGUAAUAAUAAUAUAAUUUCAUAAAAUAAAUGAUAUUGUUAGCAGUGUGUGUAUGUGUGUGAGUGGAUUAAAGCGUUAUUUCUUUGUGCCUGUGA